GCUUUGUAUGGCUGACAUGCCAUAUAAUCAAAAGCCCUGUUCGGAUUGGAUUAGUUUAUCAGGGGCCAUCGCAUCUGGACGGCAAUAAAAUGACCACAGGAGCAAGCCUAGCAAACCCUCGCAACCCGCGGCAAAUGAACGUUCCAGCAGUCAUCCCAGGCCAUUCUUCUAUGUUCAACCAGCGGUGCAGCCGUUUUAUACUUAUCAAUGGCACAUGAAUCACCCUUACAGCCAGCAUGGCUUCCCUGGACCUGCGACACUAGAAAAUCAUGGUCGUCUGUGAGCUCAGGAAUGCGGAAGUGGGCGGAUAGCAGUUUGAAAAAGAUGCGGUCGGCUGGCUUCACGUUCCUUCGGAGGAAGCGAGUGAUAGCUUUUGCCUUCCCUGGUUUGGUAGCUGUGAUAGGGAGGAGCUUCCUGAUGGAUGGGAAUCUGAUUCUGAACUAGCUGAGUGAUAUAGAAGAUAGUGAUGUGCAACCCGCGGCUCUGAAAGCGCUCUUUUACACACCGCCGGACGUGACGCGUGCCACGAAUUUUUCACCACCCCGAGUCGUGACUUCCACACAUUGGCAAAGGCCACAUGCUACAGUAUUUGAGGCUUGAAGGAAUUUGCUGGAUCUUUGAACUUCAGUGUGGCUUUUAACCUUUAAUCAUAGAGACAGCUCUCAGCCUGCCUGUUAAAAUGUGUUUUCUAAAUAUGGUUUCUGAUGAUUGCUGUCAUUUACUUCCCCAGCCUUCCAUUUUGGUCGUCCCUACAUGCUCCCUUAUUCCUACCUGCAGUAUCCAGGUUAUGUCAUGCCUCACGCCCCCAUGCAUCCUAUUGAUUACCGCAGGGUACACGAGCGAAACUUCCCCCACGCCCCAGGAUGUGACGCUUCUCUCCGACAGUACCAACAUGACCAGGCCGCUCCACGAGAGACGACGUGCGUAGGAGCCCAAACGGACCCGAGCGAGGCCUUAAAUAAACUCAUUGAAUGUUUGGAACAACUGCGUGCCAGCGACAGUUCCCAAAUGUCUGGAAGCAUGUCACCAUUAACCAAGAAACCAAGGUGUGAGGAAGAAAGUGGAACCAUGGGAAAGACACUGAUUAGCAACUCCAACAUGGCGGAUGACGAUAGAGAGAUGAGAUGUAGUCAUGUCGAACACGUGACUCGAGAGGAGGACUCAUCUUUGGCUUCAGGGAAAGAAGAAGAAGAAGAGGAAAAAGAAAAGAACGAGGCAGUGUACCACGACUGCUCAGAGUGUCACUCGGACUUGUCUCAAAACCAUUCGCGAAGUGGUAGCUGUGAAGAGAAAAACCAGGAUGAGCAGGUCCAAGAUGAAGAGGUGGUACAAACCACUGAGAAGAUAGAGUGGGACAAUUGUAUCGCCAGUCGCCCUUCAUCCCAGUCCUCUCCUGCACGUUCUUCUUUAACCAGAAAGGCUGAAGAUCAAAGUCUAAACCAGAAAUCGCAAGAUUAUUCGUGCUGUAUCCUCCACUUGCCGUUUGAGAAGGUGCUGUCUUCUGGUGUUUACGGAGCCAGCAUUACUCCUCCCUCGCUUGGGUCUCCGUUAAGUUAUACUUACCAUCCUCCUCAGCUGGCUCACGAGCGUGUCAGCGUCUUAAGUCCGUCCCUGGACGAGCUCUCGUCGCACGAUGAGCUUCUCUCCACCGAUUUAGACGACAUUGACCUGUUUCCAACACGAAUCUACGCAGGCGGGAAGCUCGCCGAGGUCACGUCCAGGAGAUGCCACAGUUCCGAUCUGUGCUUGCUCUAUCCGAAGAGACUGACGUGCGCUACAUGCGGAUCGCGCACCUUCAAGGAGCUGAGCAGGAACAAAGCGCACCGUUACGAAGACGCGGAAGACUCGGAUGGGGUCGAGGGCGAAUAUCGCCUCCGAAGUGCAGCAGGGAAGGCUCACACGACCAGGAAAACACACUCGAUGGUAAAACACAAAGUCAGGGCCGCGCAUCACCGAGAGAAGGCGGAAAGUCAGCACGAAUCGUCACGUUCUGAGCAUUUAUGCUGCGAGGCGUGCAUGUGCUCAACAGAGAAGAGUGCCAGAGCAGCUAACGCCCACCCAGAGCGACGGUGCAGGCCGACGUCAGAUCGUGUUGGAGUGAACACCAGAGCAAAAGCAUACAGAGCUCAACCCUUACCACAAAGACCACAAAGACAGGGACAGAGAAAAGCUCGCUUUAAGCCAGAGGUGUGUAAGGGCUCCAGAAAUGAGGAAGAUGAUGAUGAUGAUGAGGAUGAAGAGGACGAACAGGAAGUGCUUCAGUACCACAGGCCAAAAGGCAGGUGUGAUUUUCACAAUGACCCACUAAAAGAGGAGGAGCACGAUGCUAAAUGUCGCUAAAGUUCACGUCAUCAUCCAGAGAGACUGUAAACACACGCGUUGUUUUUGUGUUCGGAUUUGAAGAAAGCGAGUUUUGGGUUGCACAGUCGCCAUGGUUACAGUUCACCGCAUUAAAUCUACCUGCACCUUCUGCACCCACGUUCAUAUCAAACCCUGUUCUUCUUUUUGCCGCUUUAUUUCGCCACUGUCCCUGCAGGUGGAGUGCUUCAAAAUGAACAUCACAACUGUUAUUAUUAAUAAUAAUAAUAAUAAUAAUAAUAAUAAUAAUAAUAAUGUGUUGAUUCUCAGUACAUAUUCCAA